AUGCAGCAGUUUCUGGACCAAGAGUCCCAGAGCACUGUGCUCGCCAGCUGCUACAGUGUUGAGUCGUCGACCUCCAAGGAGUACAGUGGUAUCCCUGAGGUCCCCUCGGGGUCUAAAUCGGCUCUCUUAAGUCCUCCCCUCGACAUAUCCGCUUCCAGUGCGGAAAGAACCUGGCCCGGCAAUGGCUGGCCAGAGUACAGAGGGGAGGCAACACAUACUAUCCCGGAAGAGUGUGAGAGACUCUUCUGUGACAGACUGUCUACGACGUUCCUUGGUGAGGGGAGUUUCGUGCGACAGGAGUCGCUGGGGAUGGAUGUGUUCCAAAACACCCCAAACCAAAUCGGGCACCGGCAUGAUCGAAUCCGGCGAUGGGUUGAGGUUUGGGACUACUCUGGUGAUGCGAUCUACCGAGGGUUCGUCGCUGAGCACAACGGGGAGAACACACUGUUCGUGUUUUUCGAAGACCGUGCACUUGAUCAAGGACUCAAAUCAGGACUGAUCGCGCUUUUCGAGCUCGCUGACAUCACUACAUUUGGAUGCUCACAAAUAGUUGCGAUGGUGUGGAUUCAGCCUCACGACCUUGGAGCCCUGGAUGUCAAGUAA